AUGGCCAAGAAAAAGAAGUCUGGCCAAGUCGAGGACAACGCCACUGAGGUACAGUCGCCUGCUGUCCCCGCGACCCAAGAUGCCGCAAGUGGAAGUGGAAGUGGAAGUGGAAGUGGAAGCAAGAAGACGGCAAAGACCAAGGCGUCCGCCCAGCCACAGCAGCAACCACCUCCGGUGCCGGCACUCAUCAUCUGUCGGAAUAAGCAUUGGCGCUAUAUCUCGUCCUUCCACGGCCCAUGGCUUCAGCUCCCCCCUGAGAUCCUCGAGACUCUGGCCAACUUGAACUACAAUACCCCACGACCACGCCCUAUCGAUCCCUCGGUCUUCUUUGAUCUUGUCAAGAUCCGCCGCCUCGUCGACGAUGCUACAAACCUUGCUGUGCGUGCUGCCAGUGGCGUGGCAACAGUCUCCCAGCACAACAUGUCUGGUGGCCCCCAUCAUGCUCUGGGACUGUUUGGACCUGGUGGGCAAACGAAGCUCAGUCGAGAAAGAAAACACCGAAUGCGGGAACAGGCGACCCAGAAGCUUUCCAAAGCAUACCACCUGGAUGAGAUAGCGUCUAGCGUGGCUACAAUGCAAAGUGCCUCUCCACUUGAGGAGGUGGCCUCGCUUGUGCUCCAGCGCAACCCCCAGGAUGCCGACGCCAAAUACGUGCACUUCUUUCACGAAAAGAUACCGAGUAGGCAGUUAGCCCAAUGCACCAACCUGGAUGCCUUGAGUGAGAUUGUUUCAGAGAAAUCGAACCAGGGAGAACCACUAAGGACCAGGGCCACUGUGAGGAUUUUUAAGGAGGACUUCGAGGGCGCCAUUGCCGAUUUGACAGAAGCUCUCAGGAUACAUCGCUUUUACCGGCUACCACAGAAUGCUCCAAAGCACCACAAUCUUCCUCAAGCCCGAUCUGGCGGACGAAGACAGGAGGACAUCGUCCUCAAGGAGGAGGAGCAGCCGAAUAGCCUGGAAAUUCAGCUAUUGUUCCAACGCGCUGGUGUCUACCUGACCAUUGCCUGUCAGCACGUCCAAGCUGCCUUCCCCUCCAAAACUAGUACAGGAAAAGGUGCGAAUGGUGAUAUUUUUGACCAAAACAAAAAGACCGGCUCAGAGGCGACAUCACAGGCCAUACCCCUGUUAACCACUGCCCAGCAAGAGGCUGAGAUAAAGAUGAUGGAGGCGAGAAAGCUCGUCCGUCACUACGCCAAACGUGCGCUGAAAGACUACAUGAAUUACCUGUCGCACUUCGAGUAUUCUCCCGACCUACCAAUCGAGAUUGCCGAAGACUUUGCCCGGAAAGUCAACUACGCCGCCAAUGGGGUUCGCGUCCCGAGAUCCUUCUCUCAUGCUUCCCGUUCCGACUCUCCCGUGACCGGCGAACCUGGCGAGAGUCAACCUACUCACCGAAUCUUUGCUCUCUCGGACCUUUUCGCGGCAUCACCUCCAGCUGACCUGCCUCCGUAUCCUAGCACGGAGCUUACACCAGUACGACCGCAGCAACCACCGCCCACAUUCGCUGCCUACCAGACGACGACGGAGACUCUCACCUACCACCCUCUGAUGAAUGAUGCAUUACACGCCCUUCUGCUCUGCCAUUGUCUCAUCCAGACCUCGGCUAAGGAGCUUCUUCGACACGCUUACAUGGUAGCACGACUGGCGCGCCUUGCUGAUGGUUAUCCCAUCUUCCAAGCUAGUCGCUCGCCAGCCCGCGCUGACUGGACCGAGGUUCUCCGAGCCUCCAGCAACUACAUCCAGCUAGCCGGGACAUGGGAAGACCUCUGCGCCCCAGCACCUCUUCCACUUUUCCAGCCUUCCGGCCCCGGCGGCGGACCAGUGCCGGUAGCGUUGCCCGGUCCUAUCAUGCAAAACAAAGCGCUGCCACCAUUUUCUGCGGGUAAUGCCACAGAAGCAGGAGCCAUCGUCCGCUCAACAUCAGGUAGCAACGGAACAAGCGGCGCCGCUGCUGAGGCCGAAAAACAUCGCAAGGAACGCAUCCAGCACCAAGCCAUUAUCGACGCCCUUGGCGAUGACAGAAUCAAAGACGAAGCCUCCUUCCGUAUGGCGGUCAAGGCCCGUCAGCUGCGCGCGGAGAAUGAUUACCGACUAGAUAACGCCGUGGCAGCUAUGGACGCCAAGCUCACCACCGGUGGUCGUGAUUUCGAGUCUCUUGCUUUGGAGCCGCCGCCGCCGCCGCCGAAAGAUACCAUUACUACCGUUACUACUACUACAACCAACGGAUCCAAAUCUAAAUCUACCUCGCAUCCAACCAACGCCAUUAAUGGCUCAACCUCAUCAGCUCUAACCCGCACCACCACAAGCACCGCCAACGGUAACGGCACGACGACAAACGUAACAAACGAAGUCACUAAACCCCCUACCGUCACUAUGAACGGUGGCGGAACAGCACCCCAACCGCCGGUACAAACAACACAAAAUAUCCGCCGCUGGUCCGUAGACGACGGCAAGGAAUAUCCCAUCUCCACGGACCGCGCCUCGGCCAUUGCGCGCUGGGUGUUGGAAGCACCGCCUAAUGCUGGACUGACAAGUGGCAACGGGGACGGAACAACGGCACGAAGGAAGAAGAAGAAGGUUGUUUCGAAAAUUAGGACUGGUUCUGGAGCUGGGGUUGGGGUUGGGGUUGGGGCUCCCGUUAGUAUUGCGGCUGGGAUAGUCUGUACUGGGGAUACCUAG